AGGCUCCGCCUCCAUCACGUGGGGUCCACCACCCAAAAACAUCAGGGACAAUAGGGGAGAUUUAUCAAAACCUGUCCAGAGGAAAAGUAGCUGAGAUGCCCAUGACAACCAAUCAGAUCGCUGCUUUCAUUUUUCACAGGCCUUUUCAGUAAUGAAAGAACCGAUCUGAUUGGUUCCUAUGGGCAUCUCAGCUACUUCUCCUGCGAACGGGGUUUGAUAACUCUCCCCCAAUAUAUAUACAGGUGAUCAGUGAGCAAGUAUAAUGCGUGUUAGGGUGGGUUGUUCUGUGGGACCUACAGGUGAUGAUUGGGGACUGUUUUGGUUGGGUUCAUUAUUGUUGGCCGUAUACUAUAGACUUGAUCCAGGGAAUAUAUACUGUGCAGUAAUAGUGCUGGUACUGUGUGGUGUCCCGGUACUGGACCUGGUCCCGUACCUUAGUCGUAGGUCCCCAUAGUCAGAUAGGGCUCUCUCGUGCUGAUAGGGCUCUCUUGGUGGAUUAACCCCUAGUGGCCUCCUAAUGUCAUUAAAAUGUAUAUAUUUAAUAUAUUUUAUUGUAGUGUAAUUAAUUUCAUGUGUCUUAGGUCAUGUGAUAUCUAAUAAUUCUGUUAUGCUAAGGUUAAGGACCUUUGGGUCAUGUGAUAGGUCAUGUGAUGUACCAUAAUGCUUUGUACUAGGACUGACAGGUUUGGGGACCAAUAAGCUUUGAUCCCGCCCCUUCAGUAUAUAAGGGCGCUGUAUCCAGUAAUCGCUCUCUUUCCCUUGGGAUCUCCAAGUAAGCAGAUCUGUUAUCGCAGUGACAAGACCAUCUAGGCCCGAAGCCUCCACUUCAGCCGCAUGCUACACCGUGAGUUAAUCCAACUCCAUCCUACAAAUCCUACGUGACUACUGAACCUAAACAUACCCCUAAAUUCAGUGGAACAGCGUACAAAAGGAAUCAAAGCUUAUUUCCUACAAAGUCCCAGCCAACCUGUGAGGAGCCGAAAUCCCGGUCCUCUUGUAAAGAUUGUUGUUAAUUGCAUCCUGCAUAAAAUCUGCAGUAAAGUUAUUUCAAGUUUAUUAUAAUUCCGGCUGUGGACAAUCCUUCAUUCCUCCCUAUCUUUCUUGGGACGGGUGGCGGUAGAACAUAUAUAGCUAGAGGAAGCCUCCACCCUGGCGUCACGACAAUCAAGAGUUAAUUCUAUACCCAGCAACACUACAAUGCAACACCCCUGUUCAACCCUACACCCCCCAAUCUACCACAUAGCUUUUUUUGGCAUCUUACAAACAGGAUACGGGUGUGUGCCUACAGCUGUUGCCACCGUUAAAGUGUACUCCCCCAUUAAGAACUGCGAUUAAUGUACUGUGAAAAGAUUUCGCAAGCCGUGAAUAACUGUGCGCACACAAGUGUACGGGACUGUGCUUAUGUUACUGCGUGUGAAAAGUGCGCACGAAAAGUAAGGAGGGUGGCGAAAAUUUAUUUGCUGCGGAAAUGUGUAAAGUACGGAGUGAAGCCAUACUACAAUCCUCUGGGCCAUUCAGUACUGCAUGGGUUAAUUGUUUACUCGAAAAGCACGCGAAGAAAGCCUGCGCUGCUCCAUAACUUGUCCCUGGGCGUGGCCAUGAAGUACACCUGUCGCAGCCGAGAGGGAACUUAAAUUUGUUGCUGUUGUUUGCCGGGGGACCGGAAGUCGGGGCUUGACUGAGGACGUCCUUCCGGUCGGUAGCCAUUUUGGAGAAGCCCAAUAUAAAAUCAGCACUGCAGAGCGACCUCUUCAGUCUGCACGAGGAAGAGGAGAGUACAGACAUGGCGGAGAGCAUGGUGGGAGUUCCAAGAUGGUGCCUGAACAACGGAAAGCUACCGCAGCGCAACUUUUCCAGGACUUGGCCGACCGCCUGCAGCGGUUGUCGCUCAGCACUGAGGGGACCUGCGAUCUACCUCCAUUGCCCGAUGACGACGACUGUCCGGCCACCCCGACAGGGGAAUCUUCAGGGACUUCAAGAGCGGCAUCACCAGUGAGACUGUCCCCUCACCAUCGGACAUGAGGGUCCUGGGCCGAGAUCCCGACGGAGGAGUCUUCUGUGAGUACCACAGUCGAAGCCACAUUUUCCUCCUCCUCCAGCCCAGAGCCAGAAGUCCCCCUGUCCCAGCUUACCCUGCCGAGUGCACGACCAGGCUCACCCCCUCUGCCCAAGUGGCUGUUUGGAAACCCUCAUCCACUGGUCCCCACAGCACAAAGAGAGAGGGCCCGCAGGGAGGCCGAAAUGGCAAAGAUCAUGGAGAGCUUGAAAGACCGUCAUAGGGAGCUCUAUGGGCCUAAAUCUAUCCAUCUCCCUUACGAGGAAAGGGUUAAGCAACAGCAAGACACAAAACAGCUGGAGGCCCUUUAUAUUCGGAUGUGGAACUACCCCCGAGAGGGUGAAGCACCACUAGAGCGCCACCACGCUACGGUGGUGACAUUUGAUCUUCCAGGGGAUAUGGUACCCUCCAGGAUUGCAGGCACGGGGGUACCAUCCUGGUGAA